AUGUCACCCGCGUUACCCUACCUGCGCGGCCUGCGCAAGAGUGACCUCGUCCUCCUGGCCGAGAUCUCCAACCUGCAGGACUACGAGGACUACAAGAAGACGGAGCUGGAGACGGCACUGGACGACCACCUCGCCGCCAACCGGGCCUCGCUGUCGGGCGAGCACCGGCUGGCUGACUACUACCGCCGCCUGUCGCAGGCGCAAUCACGCGCAUCGCCCGUUAAGCGGGAACGAGAGCUCAAGAACGAGCCUGCCACUUCCGGCGACGAUGCUAGGAGGGAAAGAGCUGCCCCCUCCACCCGCGCCCGGCGGACCGUCAAGCCAAAACAGGAAACCGGUGCCUCAGAUGACUCCGACUCCAGUCUCAGCGCUUCCAAAUCAUCUCCAGCACCCAUAGCCCACACCCCCGCGCGUCCCUCCAUGCCCUUCUCCUCCCUGCCCCCCUCCCCAGCCAUAAUCACAGAUGCCAUCGACCGCCAGACAACCAAGGCCCGCCAGUCCAUGUCGUACCUCUGGGACGCGUCCGGGCUCACGGAACGCUCCCACGCCGUGCGCGCCGCCCUCAGCAAUGUCCGUGCCAUCGAAACCAUCACCGUCCUCAUCGAGCUGUACGGCCUGCUGGCCGACAUCGUGCCCAUGCGCUAUCUUACCACCGUUCCCGCGGUCGGUGCCGUUGGCUCCAAGGACUAUAUCCUCAAGGUCCCCGAUGUCUUCGUCCUGCUCAACGCGUCGUUUUGGGGCCCCUUGUCCCUCUGGGUGACGACGAGUCUGUUCCUGCCGUCGCUGUUUGCGUAUUUUUUCAAUCUGAGCCUGAAGGUGUCGCAGCAGGGCGCUGCUGCUGGCGGCAGCAGUGCUAGCCAUGGGUAUGGCACGCGACGCACGACGACGACGGCGUCGGCGGCGGCGGCUGCCAAGGCUGCUUCCGGGAGGAGCUGCGGCGAUCCGCUGGUGUUCAACGUCUCCAAGGCGCUGGUAGCGUAUUUGGUUUACGCGAAUAAUUUCACGUUUUGGAACAUGUUCAAUCGGUUGACGGUGUUGACGGUUUCGCGGUCUGUGCCGGGGGGACUGCGGGGACUGUUGACAGGUUCGGCUAUUGGGGUGGUGGGGAGUCUGUAUGAGGCGAUUCUGAGGAAGUGA